CGGCUCCCAGCGCCGGCUCUGUGGCUCUGCAAGCGGCUGCACCGGACCGCGCUUGCCCUCCUCGCCGCUGCGCCUCGGCCCCAUGGACAGCCUGUGCGGCUCUGGGGAGCUUGGCUCCAAGUUCUGGGACGCCAACCUGUCAGUGUACACGGACAGCCCCGACCUCACACCCUGUUUCCAGAACUCCCUGCUGGUCUGGGUGCCCUGCAUCUACCUGUGGGCUGCUCUGCCCUGCUACCUGCUCUACCUGAAGCACCACCGACGUGGCUACAUCGUCCUCUCACACCUGUCCAGACUCAAGACGGCCCUGGCCAUCCUGCUGUGGUGCGUCUCCUGGGCCGACCUCUUCUACUCCUUCCAUGGCCUGGUCCAGGGCUGGGCCCCUCCACCUGUCUUCUUCGUUAGCCCCCUGGUGGUGGGGAUCACCAUGUUGCUGGCCACCCUGCUGAUCCAGUACGAGCGGCUGCAAGGGGUACAGUCCUCGGGGGUCCUCAUCAUCUUCUGGUUCCUGUGUGUGGUCUGUGCCAUCAUUCCCUUCCGCUCCAAGAUCCUUUCAGUCCUAGCAGAGGGCAAGAUCUCAGACCCUUUCCGCUUCACCACCUUCUACAUCUCCUUUGCUCUGCUGCUUUCCGCCCUCAUCGUGUCCUGCUUCAGGGAGAAGCCGCCAUUUUUCUCCCCAGAGAAUGACGACCCUAACCCCAGCCCCGAGGCCAGUGCUGGCUUCCUCUCCCGCCUGUCUUUCGGGUGGUUCACAGGGAUGGCCAUCCUCGGCUACCGGCGUCCCCUGGUGGAUCAGGACCUCUGGUCCCUGAAUAAGGAGGACUGCUCCCACAUGGUGGUGCAGCGGCUGCUCAAGGAAUGGAAGAGGCAGCAAAAGCAAGCAGCAGGACCCAAGGCUGCAGCGGCAUUUGGGAAGACAGUCUCCGGUGAGGACCAGGUGCUGCUGGGGCACCGACCUAGGUCCCCAGAGGCCUCCUUCCUAUGGGCCCUGCUGGCCACCUUUAGGUCCAGCCUCCUCAUCAGCGCCUGCUACAAGUUGGUCCUGGACCUGCUGUCCUUCGUCAACCCGCAGCUACUCAGCAUCCUGAUUCAGUUUAUUUCAAACCCCACUGCCCCGGCCUGGUGGGGCUUCCUGCUGGCUGGGCUGAUGUUCACGAGCUCCAUGAUACAGACGCUGAUCGUAAACCAGUAUCACCACGGCAUCUUUGUGUACGGCUUGCAGUUCCGAACAGCGAUCACGGGUCUCAUCUACAGGAAGGCGCUGGUCAUCACCAAUUCAGUCAAACAUCAGUCCACUGUGGGAGAAAUGGUCAACCUGAUGUCAGUGGACGCCCAGCGCUUCAUGGAUGUUGCCCCCUUCAUCAACAUGAUCUGGUCAACACCGCUGCAGAUCAUCCUGACCAUCUACUUCCUCUGGCAGAUGCUGGGUCCCUCUUCCCUGGCUGGAGUGGCUCUCCUGAUCUUGCUGAUUCCAAUUAAUGGGAUGGUAGCCAUGAAGAUGCGGUCCUACCAGGUGCAGCAAAUGAAGUUCAAGGACUCGCGCAUCAAGCUGAUGAGUGAGAUCCUGGGUGGCAUCAAGGUGCUGAAGCUGUAUGCCUGGGAGCCCAGCUUCCUGGGGCUGGUGGAAGGCAUCAGGCAGGGCGAGCUCCGGCUGCUACGCAAGGGAACCUACCUCCAAGCCAUAUCCAACUUCAUCUGGGUCUGCACCCCCUUCCUGGUGACCCUGAUCACCCUCGGGGUGUUUGUGUGCGUGGACGAGAACAAUGUGCUGGACGCCGAGAAGGCCUUCGUGUCCGUGUCCUUGUUCGAUGUCUUAAGGAUGCCCCUCAGCUUGCUGUCCAAUUUAAUCAGCAACCUCAUCCAGGCCAAUGUGUCUCUGAAACGGAUCCAGCAUUUCCUGAACCAAGAUGAACUUGACUUCCAGUGUGUGGAGAGAAAGACCAUCUCCCCAGGCUAUGCCAUCACCAUACACAAUGGCACCUUCACCUGGGCCCAGGACCUGCCCCCUAUCCUGCACAGCCUAAACAUCCAAAUCCUGAAAGGGGCACUAGUGGCCGUGGUGGGGCCGGUGGGCUGUGGGAAGUCCUCCCUGGUGUCUGCCCUGCUGGGCGAGAUGGAGAAACUGGAAGGCAAAGUGUCUGUGAAGGGCUCUGUGGCCUAUGUGCCCCAGCAGGCAUGGAUCCAGAACUGCACGCUUCAGGAAAAUGUGCUGUUUGGCCAGACCAUGGAUCCUAAGCGCUACCAACAGGCUCUGGAGACCUGUGCUCUGCUAGCAGACCUGGAGGUCCUGCCUGGUGGGGACCAGACAGAGAUCGGAGAGAAGGGCAUCAACCUGUCUGGGGGUCAGCGGCAGCGAGUCAGUUUGGCCCGGGCUGUUUACAGCAACGCUGAUAUUUUUCUGCUGGAUGAUCCAUUGUCAGCGGUGGACUCCCACGUGGCCAGACAUAUCUUCGACCACGUGAUUGGGCCGGAAGGUGUGCUGGCAGGCAAGACUCGCUUGCUGGUGACACACGGCAUCAGCUUCCUGCCCCAGACGGACUUCAUCAUCGUCCUGGCUGACGGGCAGGUGUCUGAGAUGGGCCCCUACUCAGCCCUCCUGCAACACGAUGGCUCUUUUGCCAACUUCCUCCACAACUAUGCACCGGAUGAGCCUCAGGAGCACCUGGAGGACAGCAGGAUUGUCUUGGAACAAACAGACGAGGAGGAGCUUCUGAUAGAUGACACGCUCAGCAACCACACAGGCCUGACAGAGAGUGAGCCGGUCACGUACGAGGUCCAAAGGCAGUUUGUGAGACAGCUGAGCACGAUGUCUUCAGAAGGGGAGAGUCAGAGUCGCAUGGUGCCCUGGAGACACCUGAGUCAAUCAGAGAAAGUCGUAGAAGCAAAGAAGACGGGGAUGCUCAUCCAGGAGGAGAAGGCGGAGACUGGCAAAGUGAGGCUCAGAGUGUUCUUGGAUUAUGCCAAGGCCGUGGGGCUCUGGACCUCGUUUGUUAUCUGUGUCCUCUAUGUGGGCCAAAGUGCAGCUGCCAUUGGGGCCGACAUGUGGCUCAGUGCCUGGACCAGCGACUCCAUGGCAGAAGGCAGACAGAACAACACCUCCCUGCGGCUGGGCGUCUAUGCUACCCUGGGAAUUCUGCAAGGGCUCCUGGUGAUGCUGUCAGCCUUCACAAUGGCCAUGGGCGGUGUCCAUGCUGCAAGCCUUCUGCACAAGGCGCUGCUGUACAACAAGAUACACUCGCCCCAGGCCUUCUUUGACACCACUCCCUCAGGCCGUAUCCUCAAUCGCUUCUCCAAGGACAUCAACGUCAUGGAUGAGAUUCUGGCCCCCUCCAUCCUCCUGUUGCUCAGAACCUUCUGCUCCUCCCUGUCCACGCUCAUAGUCAUCACGGUCACCACCCCGCUCUUCCUUGUGGUCAUCCUUCCUCUGGCUGUGCUCUACAUAUUCACGCAGCGCUUCUAUGUGGCCACCUCCCGGCAACUGAGGCGGCUGGAAUCCAUCAACCGCUCGCCCAUCUACUCCCACUUUUCGGAGACAGUGAGUGGCACCAGUGUCAUCCGGGCCUACAACCGCAGCCACGACUUCCAGGUCCUCAGCAAUAUGAAGGUGGACACCAACCAGAAGAGUAGCUACCUCUUCAUUGUCUCCAACCGGUGGCUAAGCGUCCGAGUGGAGUUCGUGGGGAACUGCGUGGUGUUCUUUGCGGCGCUGUUCGCGGUGAUUGGGAGAAGCAGCCUGAACCCCGGGCUGGUGGGCCUUUCUGUGUCCUACGCCCUACAGGUGACAUCAGUUCUGAACUGGAUGAUCCGCGCGAUGUCAGAUUUGGAGUCUAAUAUUGUGGCGGUGGAGAGGGUCAUGGAGUACUCCAGGACAGAGAUGGAGGCCCCCUGGGUGGUGGAGGGCAGCCGCCCUCCCGAAGGCUGGCCUCUGCAUGGGGAGGUGGAGUUCCGGAACUAUUCUGUGCGGUACCGCCCGGGCCUGGAGCUGGUGCUGAAGAACCUGAGUCUGCGCGUGCGCGGAGGCGAGAAGGUGGGCAUCGUAGGCCGCACUGGAGCUGGCAAGUCGUCCAUGACCCUCGCCCUGUUCCGAAUCGUGGAGGCAGCAGAGGGCGAAAUCCUCGUCGACGGCCUCAACGUGGCAAACAUCGGCCUCCAUGACCUGCGUUCUCAGCUGACCAUCAUCCCGCAGGACCCCAUUCUGUUCUCGGGGACCCUACGUAUGAACCUGGACCCCUUCGGUCGUUACUCAGAGGAGGACAUUUGGAAGGCCCUGGAGCUGGCCCACUUGCAUAAGUUUGUGAGUGCUCAGCCGGCAGGCCUGGACUUCCUGUGCACCGAGGGCGGGGAGAAUCUCAGCAUUGGCCAGAGGCAGCUCGUGUGCCUGGCCCGAGCCCUACUCCGCAAGAGCCGCAUCCUGGUGCUGGAUGAGGCCACGGCUGCCAUUGACCUGGAGACCGAUGACCUUAUCCAGGCCACCAUCCGCACCCAGUUUGACACGUGCACCGUGCUGACCAUCGCACAUCGGCUCAACACGAUCAUGGACUAUAGCAGGGUCCUGGUCCUGGACAAAGGGGUAGUAGCUGAAUUUGAUUCUCCAACCAACCUCAUUGCAGCUAGGGGCAUCUUCUACGAGAUGGCCAGAGACGCAGGACUUGCCUAAAAUAUAUUCCUGGCAUUCCCUCCUGCUCUUUUCUGGAAGGGAAACGACACACCAUGUGUCUGCAGAGUGGACUGAUAGCCAACGGUGGGGGCAUGUGUGAGACUCUGCCUCUGUCAGGUGUCCUGUAGAAUAACCAGGCUUAAGGCUGCAAGGAAGUGAGGCCCCAGAGGAGAGGGCAGGCCCGAGGUCACAGGGAGUGUGAAACAGCCGGGACCAGCUCCUGGGUCUCCUGAUUCCCAUCUAAUUCUGAUCUAGCAUUAUUUCCACACUGCACUGUUUUUAAACAAUCAUUUCUUAGGAUGGCCUCCCUCCUGCCUCUCAUUUUUCAAAUUUUCUCAAGUAUUUUUUCAGUAAGGCCUUUUCCUCCUGGAACAGAGGAUUGCCAGGUCAGGCUGUCCUAGGAACUGAGUCCUGUACUUCCAGUGCCACCUGAACCCGUUGACAAUGGGGUACUGAUGAAAUAAAGCUACGAACCUAGCAGCACGCACACCCUGGUGCCACCUUUCUGCCCGUUCUCGAGGCUAGGGGGCUGGGGCCUUUGGAGGAGGCCAGCAGGAUGGGGGCAUCAAGGACUUCAUACACAGCCAUGUGGCUGCAGUUACCUGAAAACCUCCGGCCCAAAAGCUUUUGGCUAGUAAUACUGUCUUCACAGCCAACGGGCACUGGAUAAUUGACAGUAGUCACCCUGAAAAGGUGAGAAAUAAAGGCCCUGAAAUCUGACCGAGGCCUCUUGGGAGAGCUGCUGAGAACACCUCCAUGUUUAUGUCAUCCCUCAGCCCUCUGAGCAGAUUGCCCGUGGUCCUAGGCGGGCAAAAGAGAUGACUGGGGGUGAAUUAAAUUCACCUUUUUUUUUUUUUUGGUAGUAGCAGAGAUUGAACCCAGAACCUCACUGGACACGCAAGUGCCAGACACUAGCCCAACACUGAGCUACGUUAUGGCCCUUUUGGUUUUUCAUUUUGAGACAAGACCUCAUUAGGUUUCCCAAGCUGGCCUCAAACCUUCCAUCCUCCUGCCUCUGCCUGUGGAGUAGUUGGGAUUACGGGUGUGCACCACCAUUCCCAGAAAAUGGACUUUUUGAGCAAGCCAACAGAGUUCAUUUUCUGCAGGAGGGAGCCCACCUGCCACCAGGACGGAUAUUUGGGAUGGACCUGCUCAGCUGUUUUCCUCAGCUUUCUGCUCCCCUUGGUCCCCCUCUCAUUUCCUAUACCUUCAUUCUUCGUAUGAUGUGACUGGCUAUGGGUGACGGUUGUUUUUCUUUCCCCUGCCUAGAUGGCUGCAGUAGAUAGGGAGAUUGGCUCCUUUGAUCUGGUUUUUCUGUGUGCUCUGGGUCGGCCUGUGCUGCAGGACCAUUUGUUAAAGGUUAAUCACAUUUUUUUUGGCAGGCCGUUUCUGCCCAAGAUGUUUAUGAGUAUAUGGAAGGCAACUUCCAUCCUUGUGAUAAAGCAAGUAUGAAAGCACAAAUGCCCAAAUUAUUCUGCCUCUCCUUGAUGCUAAGAAAAGGUCUCUGCUAUGCUCUCUGAUUUAUUAGGCCAAUUUGGCAUGACGUCUGCUCUGUGAGGCACUGGCUGGCCUAAACCAACAGAAAAACAGAUUCAUUCAGCAUCAUUCUCAGCUAAAGAUCUGAAGGUGUAAGGCUUUAUUUCCUCUCCUGUCUUGGGAGUUUGCGUCUGAGCUCAUUGAGGCCCUGACAGGUGUUGACAGCCCAAAGGAGAGGCUCAGUUAUGUCAAGUAAAUAGGAUAAUCAAAAAAUGUGGUUAAUAGAGGAUGACCUCUAUCUAGCUGGCUCAGCUCCUCCAGGGAAAUGAAGCCAGCUGCUGUGAACUGGGAGGAAAGACGCCACACAAAAUAUCUGACUGCAGGUGCCACUGAUGGCAUGAGCGCUAGAGCCACAGGAGGGAGGAGCCUCGGUGGGGAGUGAGCCCUUCUAUUUCUGCUCCAGAGUGCCAGGUCACUGGGACUGUCCAAGAAUCUGAACUCCUGUGAUUAGAAGCAUAGUGCUGUUUAGGAGGCCAGAAAUGAAAGAAAAUGGGCUUGGUCAGUUCAUCUUUAAUUUUAAUAAUACCUGUUAUGUUUGAAGAGUAGCAAUGCACAAAGAAAAGAAUCCUCUGUGAAUGUUUACACACAGUGUGAACACAUGCUUUAAAUACGCAGUGGGGGAGGAGAGAAUUCACAGUUAACAAAGCUAAAAAAAAACCCUUGUUAUAAAUUACACAAAGCAUAUAAAAAUAUUUCUCUGAAUGCAUAGAUUAAGACUUUAAACUCACCUAUCAGCAAAUGUGCAGUCUAAUCCCACUGCCAGAGUCGCUGAUCACAGAGGAUUCUAUGGAGAGAUAUCAGGGUAGGGCAGAACCACACGGAUCUACCUUUUGCCUGGGACACCAAGACACUUGCUCCCUCGGCUUCCGAGCCUGGGAAACGCCUUUGAGAACAACUCUGUAGGCCACCUCCUAGCCAAGGGCCUCCACUGCUUCUGAGGAUCUCUAAUUAAUCUAGGUGGCUGAAAGAAUUUUAACCCUAGUAAUUUAGACAUGAAUUAAUACUGAGUCAUUAUUUGCAGGAUAGAACCAUAGUUAAUUGUCCCAGUAAAUUUUAACUUUUCAAAGCAAAGGAAGAAGUUAGUACAUCUAGAUAAUGUGGUUUCUGAUUGCUUGAAACACAAGGGCGAUUUCUUCUUUAAAGCACUUGAGAAAGGGGGUAAUAAGCAACCUUCACUCUGUUCUGCAAACACUCCACAAGGGUAAGUCACCAGCAGCAACUGGGGGAGGCGAGAGUAAGUCACUAAACAGAGUGACUUCAUGGAGUUGGCCUUGAAGAAUAUCUCAACCUCAUUUCAGUACUUAAGCAGCAGCAGGAGGCCAUUAUCUUAGCACAACAUUCUCUUCCAUUGACAUCUUCUGCAUCUUCUUACUCAAUUGUAGUGUUCUAAUAAAAUUAAGUUAACACAGUCAGGAAGUUAAGUUUCUUUGGAAACUAUAGGCACUAUGGGGAGAAAGCUUCUUAAGACAGCGGGGAUGCUCUCUGACAGCUGGCUUCAACCCCUGCUCUCCUGUCUGUCUACCUGGGCAGCUCUGAUUUCUAAAGCUAAGCUGUUUGUUUUAACAAGACAGUAGCUUUUCUUUUCACGUUAAUGAUGCUGAAAAGGAAAAGAAUCCUCGAAUGCAUUCUUGAACAAAAUUCUUAUGCCAUGCUCAAGAGUUUAAUCAGGUGUUUUGUUUUUGUUUUUAUUUUAAGUCUGGUAGACUCACAACUGAUUUUGUUGAGUGGAUUGGUGGUGGCAGUAAGGGGAUCCCUAAGAUCAAACAAUUUGUUUAAAAAAGCAACAGAUUUCAGAGUUGUGUAAAAAUUCUAAUAAUUUCAAAAUAACCUUUAUCUUUGAUACAAAAAUAAAGAUGCUAACUCCUUUAGUUCAAUUUCCCACAAUAACCUGUAAAAUAGCAACAGAUUCAGGCUCAAAAACUGCUUUUCAUUUCUAGUGGAAAAUGAGAGUGUAGAACAUGGACCGGCAACGCUUGUGCUCUUCUCAAACAGUGCAAUUAAUACAGUGAUGACAGGAAUCGCCUCAGAGUACAAAUGCAGUGGCUCUUUUAGAAAGCAUCAGAGAGCCCUCUAGUGACCGUGAAGGGGAGGUAAUGCAGAGAUGAGGGUCAGUGGAGACAGAAGCAGUUGUGAGUGUUUGCAAAGGAAGAGUGGGGGAGGGGAAGCUCUUUUGGUUAACAGCCUAUUUACAAUUAGGUAACUGUAUACUUAAAUACUUUUCACCUGAGUAACAUUUAUAAAUAUGUUCUAUGAAACCUCACAGCCACAAGUCACACCAAAAUCCCUUUGUCCAGUACCUGUGCUUUCCCCAAUCUUCCUCUCUAGUCAGUUCACAAUUUCAGGAGAGUCAUGAGCAUGCAACACCAAGAAAAGCGCGCCCCGGCCCUUCAGGUGCACUGUCAACAGGAGUAGCCGGAAAUAGGUUCUGCGCUCUCUCAGCUUCUGCUUAGACAACUCUCUUACAUUCUGCACAUAAAACACACUAGAUAUAGAACCUCCGGCUUCUGCCUCUCCAGACCACUUCUCAACUGUUCAGAGCUUCAAGCAAUAGGUUUAUUGUGCACCAAGAGGCUUGGAAGAGUGGCACCGCUGCUGGGGGACAGGGGCUUCCUGCCUUGGCAGAACAACGAUGUUAGUGUACACUACGCAGUGGCACCAGAGGCCCUCGUGGGCAUCCGAGGCUUUUGGAUCAAUGGCUUGUCCUUGGCCCAGAGGUGACAUACACUGUCACAAUACUCAGCAAUAAAAGUCCCUGCUGCAUUAGUACGUCAGUUUUGAAGCUCUUCUGUUGUAGCAAGGCCUUUCAGUCAGUGUGGACGCAGCAUUUCUGAAGAGAAAAUUGUUUUCACUUAUCAUCAGAACGAGUUCCAGCUCCUGGAAAUCUUGGAGUCUAGCAACAUCUUUGUCCUAAAACAAAACAGGUUAACAGAUUAAGAGGAGCCACUGUAUGUCUGGUGGGCUGUACUGAUACCAGCAUCUUGGUUCACUUCAAAAUCUGGAAGGAAAAUAAAAUCCAUGGCAGAUAAGUCUGCUAUUGAGUCCCUAGAGCAUAAGUUGGAUCGGAAUGGUGAAAGCCAUCAAGAGCCACUACUACAGGAUGGGUACAUACCCAGGCAAUGCAUGGGUCGGUUUUCCUCAGGCGCCCAGAAAACUCAAGAACCCAGACCUGGUGGGAGGACCACACAUGUAUCCAUGGGGGUUUGCCCUCUUUAACAUGGGUCUUAUCUUGUAAAACACAAAGCGCAUCUAAUGAUGCCCUAAGGUGAUCCUUCCAGGUCACUACAGAAACAACUGGAAAUAGGUAUAUGUGAAUGGCAACUCCGAACAUUCUCUCUAGUAUCUUAAAACUUGAAAAUGCCAGUGUCUCUAUACAUAUGAUACAGUGAAAGAAAGCCUACUGAUAAAACUAGUCUUUGCGUCUUUUGUAUUCUCUUUUCAUUUCUUUAACUAUGACUCACAUAAUCAAAAAGGAAGUUGGGUACUUUCCAAAUGCAAAAAGCAACCACUCGUGCUUGGCAGACUUUUCUUACCUUUCUUAACAGCGUAUUGGGUAACUUUCUGAUCUUCUCCACCUGAUCCGGAUUAACACCCAGCUCACAGCAACUCACUCUGAGCAGCUCUUGGUAUGUGAGCUCUUGUCGGUCCAGUUCAAUUUCAAUGAAAUCAUUUUCUCUAAGAGAUGGGUUCUGAAUCCUUACCUUAAGAACCAGCUCUACAAAAAGAGGGGGAAAUGGUAAUGAAUAGGCUGUCAUGGCAUAGAUCAGUAACUUAAAAUCUUUUCAAAAUGGUUACGCUUUGUCAUGCCCUAUAUCAAAGGUCUGUGCUACUCAAGGGGAAAAUCACAACUAGUCAUCAGGUUUUGCUCGGACCUAAUCCUGGCUGGUUGGGACAAUUUCCUGCAUGAUAUUCCCUAUCUCUAGGAUUGUAUUUCACCACAUAAAAAGGGGCAGGAACAAGCAACCCAACUGUUAGAAGGAUCAUUUACUUCCACCAUUGGAACUAAAGAAGUAAAGACUUCAGAUGGAUUUGAGUACCAAAAUACACAUGAGGAGGGCUGGAGGUGUAGCUCAGUGGUGGAGCGCUUGCCUCACAUGUGUGAGGCACUGGAUUGGAUCCUCAGCACCACAUAAAAAUAAAUAAAUAAAGGUAUUGUGUCCAUCUACAACUAAAACUACUUUUUAAAAAAUACACAUGAGCAGGGGAAGAGAAAAGGCAAGGGCAAGACAUGAUACAUGAGAUACUCUCAAAGAUUUAACAAGGCCAGGUGCAGUGGCGCACGCCUGUAAUCCCAGUGACUAGGGAGGCUGAGGCAGGAGGAUCAUGAGUUCAAAGUCAGCCUCAGCAACUUAGUGAGACCCUAUCUCAAAAUAAAGUAAAAAAGGUUGGGGUUUACAAGCUUAGUGGAAGAGUGCCCCUGGGCUCAAUGCCCAGUUCCAAAAACAAAACAAAAAAUAACA